UCCUCGAGUGGUGCCGCUGCUCUCCCAUGUUUGAAUCAGUGUGUGUCUGUCCUGAGGGAAUUCAUUUUCCUAACCACGCGCCGCGGCGUCGAGGAGCCAUGAGGCGCAUGCCCAGUGCGCACGGUCCGCCUCACCUGAGAUCUGUUGCUCUGCUCCGGGGGGUUAAACUGCAGGAGCGGCUGCUGUCGGAUCCUCCAUUUGAAUGAUGCUUCACUUCAUCAUUCACACUAAUGAUGCCCCGCAGACCUCCCGUGUUGCAGCCAGCCUUUAACCAAGCCGGAUGAAAAGACGGAAACCCAAAGGUGGACACCACAAAUCAGUGUGUCUCUCACCUGUCGAUCACCCAACGAGAGACGUUCACUCACUCGUGUGUGUCUGAUUCGUUAACCACAGGCAAUGGGCAGAAUCUGCAAAUGCAACGGGAGACUGCUGUGCAUGUGCCUGCUGCCUUGCAUGAUGACCGGCCACCUCCUGAUUUAUGUCAUGGUGACCAUAUUCGUCACCAUCACCUACGCUCCUCCGAAAAUAUCCCUCCACUACGUCGCCCCGGGCAUUUCUGCCAACUCCUCCGCUCUGGCCUCUCACCCGCUCGGCCCCUUCUGGAACCUCCGCCUGGAGGACAGUGCUCUGUGGAACCAGUUGCAGCACGUCUGGGAUCGUCAGCACAAUCCUCUGCUGCGAGGAAACGCCACCGGGGUGAAGCUGAAAGCGAAGGUUUUAUCAGAAAUUGAGGAUGAGUGCCUCUCUGACUGCCUGUCGCACAAGUGCUCGGUCCCUCGUGUGAAUGAUUUAAACAGCCUGCCAGAACAAAUGAGGGCUUUUAUCAGGUCCAUGCACUGCAGGGAGUACCCCCUCCUUAUUAAUCAGCCUGGUAUGUGUAGGAAGAAGAACAGCAGCUUUGGUCUGGGUAACCCCAUGCUCCUCAUGGCCGUCAAAUCCCAAGUGGGGAACUUUGAAAACAGGCAGGCUAUCCGAGAAACGUGGGGACGCAGCGGCGUGGUGAAGAUGGACUCGAAUAAGAGAGGCGGAUUAGUGCGCACAGUGUUUCUACUUGGACGGCAGGACUCGAGCACAGGCCCCCACCCAAACCUCACCAACCUGCUGGAUCUCGAGAACCAGAAGUAUGGGGACAUCCUGCAGUGGGAUUUCAGAGACACCUUCUAUAACCUGACACUGAAGGAUUCGCUGUUUUGGCACUGGCUCCAGCAGCACUGCCCCACCGCAAUGUUCGUGUUCAAAGGCGACGAUGAUGUCUUUGUUCGGACUGGCGCCCUGCUGGACUACCUGCACCAAAAGUGGGAGGAGCACGACCGGUGGAGGCCCUAUACAAAUGAUAGCGGCUUGGAUUUGUUCGUGGGGGAGGUCAUCUACAACGCAAUGCCAAACCGUGAACCCUCCACUAAAUACUACAUACCAGAACGCUUCUACAAAGGCGGUUACCCUCCGUACGCAGGUGGAGGAGGGGUGGUGUACUCUCGCUCGCUUGCAAUGCGACUGAAAAAGGUGUCGGCGAGGGUGCGCCUCUUCCCCAUAGACGAUGUGUACCUGGGAAUGUGCCUGAACAGACUCGGGCUCACUCCCGGCCAUCACCCGGGCUUUUUGACAUUUGACCUCCCGGAAUCGGACAGGGGCAACCCGUGCGCGUACAGAUCUGUGCUGCUGGUUCACAGACGCAGUCCCAAGGAGAUGCUGACGCUGUGGAACCAGCUGCAGAAUCUCCCCGGUCAAUGCUGAGGCUCAUUUGCCUGCCAAAUAGGAUUCAUUGAGGACGGGAUGAAAUGCAGCCACCGCACUUGAAAACAUGUGGACACUGUGGUUGCAUCUUCCUGUCAAGCAGGUUGUGCCUAAUGAUGGACCCAUGUAAUCUACCUUUAAAGAGUUACACAACUAGACUGAUCUACCUCAAGGGUACAUCUGUUUAGAGGGCAUUACACUAAUGUUUUUUAAUCAAUACUGAUUGUGUAUUUGUACUCUUUCAGGUUAAAACUCUCAUGUCAUGACCCUAUAAAGACGAUAUUAAUGGAAUACCUAACAUAUUGUGAAUACAAAAUACUGUAAAUGUCUUUGUGAUCUGUUCACUGAUGAACAUGAUUUAAUUUGUGUGUUCUCAUGUUUUACUCAGGUUAAGUCAGCAAACAAGAUUCAAUUUCAACACUGUAGUAAAUAUACCCGAUCAGAUGAAACUAACGGUUUCAUGUGCAGCCUUUGGUAAGUUUUGUAAUGAUUUACACAAAAGUCACACGCUGAUGUCUUUUAUUUUGUUCUGGGGAAAACAGGGGCUUCCAAAUUUUACACAACUCAACAAAUUCCAGCAAGAUUGACUUUUUUUUUUUCCUGUUAUGAAUUUCAAUUAAUCAAAGAACUGACUGAUAAUGUUAUGCAGUUGUCUUCAAACUAUGAGGAAUGAGGUAUAAUUAGAGAUGAACCAAGCCUAAUGUUGUUUUGUGGCUGGAUUGCUUUAAAAAUGUAUGAUUUUCUAAGGUAAAUAAACGUUGUCUCUGAAAACA